UCUUGUUUGUCUUGUCACGGACUUGUUAAUUCGCCGAAUUGCGGCUUGGAAGCAUGGAUCGAACCUGCAACUUGGAAGAAGGCCUUUUUGAGAGGACACUCAGUACACGCGACCCUUCACCAGAGGAAAACAUUGGGGCUUUGGGCUGGCUGGCUUUCAGCUGGUUUACACCCAUUGUCGACUUAGCCUUUCGACGUGACCAGGAGAACGGGAAGUUGGAGCCCACUGAUGUUUAUCCUCUAACGCGGAAGAACGUGGCAGCAAGACAGCUGGAGCGACUGGAUCAGCAUUGGCAGGUGGAGCUCCAGAAGGAGAAGCCGGCCCUCAUCAAGGCAAUGAAGAGAGCUUUUUGGAAGGAGGUGUUCGGCACUGCGUGGGUGAAGUUUAUCAACGACUGUCUGCACUUUGUUGGGCCGUUUCUAUUGAACAGGAUUGUCAACUUUGUGAAUGGCGUGGGCUUCGAAGGAGAAGAGCCUUUGUGGAUGGGCUACAUGUAUGCUAUUGGAAUGGUGCUGUCGUCAGGAUGUCAGGCAUUCCUGAUGGCGCAUUAUUUCCAAGGAGGUUACCAGACCGGCAUGCGAUUGAGAACUGGCCUGAUUCUGAUGUCUUACAGCAAGGCGUUGCGUGUAUUGCCAUGGGCAACGCCACCUCCGAAAGAGGAACCUCAAGAGCAGCAACCAAGGCGGUGUUGCAAAAAAACGCCUAAGAAGAAGCCACAACUUCCAACAGGUGGCAUGGGGCAAAUGACAAAUAUCAUUUCGGCCGACACGGACAAAUUCACCUUCUUGAUGCCCUACUUCAACCUGAUUUGGUCAUGCCCCUUGCAGAUUGUGAUUUGCUUCGUGAUGCUCGCCCACUAUGUGCAGUGGGCCUUGUUUGCUGGAGUUGGCGUCAUGAUCCUUUUCACGAUCCUGUCCAGCACCGUUGCAAACAAAGCUCGCAAAAUCCAAGCAGAAGCCAUGAAGGCAAAGGAUGAGCGGUUGAAGAUGGAAGUGGAGCUCUUGAAGAUCGUCAAGAUCAUCAAAUUCUAUGCUUGGGAGCUUGCAAUUGAAAACCGAGUGAAGGAGCUCAGGAACAAGGAGCUGAAAUUGCAACUUCGGUACAAGCUUUGGAAUGUGUUGCUUUUCCUUUCCUUCUCCUUGUCGCCUGUCUUGGUGGCACUGGGCACGUUCGCAUGCUACACGAUUUUGCAAAAGAAGAACUUGGACGCCGCCACUGCCUUCACUGCGUUGAGCCUCUUCAACAUCCUCUCCUUCCCACUAGGUGCCAUGCCCAUGAUGGCCCGUUUUUUCAUGGAGGCGGCAGUCGCUAAAGACCGCAUUGAAGCCUUCCUCCUUUCGCCUGAGGUCUCCAGACGGCCUUCUCCAUCAACUGACCCAAAAACGGCCGUGGAGUUGAAAUCCACGCAGUUGCAAUGGCCAGACAAGACGGUAUUGCUACAAGAGGUAGAUGUUUCUCUGAAGAAGGGCGAGAUGCUAGUAAUUGUGGGCAAGACAGGUGUUGGCAAAUCAGGGCUUCUGUACGCUAUUCUGGGCGAGCUUCCGAUUGCACCAGCAGAUGGGAAGGUCUGCUUGAGCGGUUCUGUGGGGUACUGUUCCCAGAAUGCUUGGAUCCGAAAUGCAACCUUGCGAGACAAUAUCACGAGCUCUUCAGCAAUUGGGCCUGAUUCUCGAUAUGAGGCAGUCUUGGAUGCGUGUGCCUUACGCGCGGACUUGGAUGUCUUGCCUGAGGGCGAUCAGACUUCGAUUGGCGACCGUGGCAUCAAUCUGUCAGGCGGGCAGAAGCAACGCGUGGCUUUGGCGCGUGCUGUUUAUGCCAACCCGGACAUCUACAUUUUGGACGAUGUGCUGUCCGCUCUAGACAGUCAUGUCACAACCCACAUUUGCAACAAUCUUCUUCGUGGACCGCUGCUGGCUGGGAAAACUGUGGUCCUCGUCACGCACUCGCCCAAAGCAGUGCCGUUGGCCACGCGGGUGAUGUGCUUGGAAGACAAGAAGGUGACCUUCAACGGGACUUACGAGGAGUUCAAAGGCUCUGGAGCAGUGAGCGACGAUGAACGACAAGUGUCUGAAAAAGGAAAGGAGGAAAAGAAGGAGGAGAAGGGAAAAGAGAAAGGUUCUGCAACAUCACCAAAGAAGGCGUCUGCAGCACCGCAAGAGGAGCGCCGCUCAGGAGCUGUCAGUUGGCAAGUCUAUGGCGCGUAUGCCAAAGCUUGUGGAGGAUGUCCAACUGUCGGCACUUUUCUUCUUGCGGUCGCAAUUUCAGAGGGCUCGAGGAACUUCUCCGAUGGCUGGUUGGCGCAUUGGAGUGGUACUGGAGGCAGUGCGGAUGGAAUCACGGUCUAUGCGUUGGCCGCUUUGGUUUGCCUCGUUACAGGCCUUCUUUACUCGACCACCCGGGUUUUGGUGGGCCAGCGCGGGUCCAGAGUCUUGCAUGAAAAAUGUCUGCACGCUUUGCUACGAGCUCAUAUGUCUUUCUUUGACCUGACCCCAAAUGGUCAGAUUCUGAACCGCUUAGCUGAGGACACCAAUAUUCUGGACUACAACUUGCCCCAAACGAUGUCUGCAAACAUCAUUUGGUUCUGGCGUGCUGCCAGCAUCGUUGUGGUGUGCAUGGUGGUUGGUUGGUAUUUGAUCUUCUUGAUGCUGCCAAUGUUCCUCUUGUAUGCUCGUUUGGCCAAGAGGUAUCUACCAGCCACACGCGACUUGCGACGGCUGGAUGCAGCUGCUCGGAGUCCCAUCUUCAGCCACUUCUCGGAGUCCAUGCAAGGCGUGUCAACGAUCCGAGCUAUGCAGCAGCAGGAUCAAGCUCUCCAUACAAACAUCAGCAGGCUGGAGACGCAGAUGGAAGCUUACUACCUCAGCAAUACGGCUGCUCGCUGGCUAAGUCUCCGGCUGCAAUUCAAUGGCACCAUCUUAGUGGGCGCAGUCAGCAUCCUUGGCAUUUUCUUGUCAACCGGCCCAAACAAGGCCAGUGCUGGCUUAAUAGGCUUGGCCAUCACCUAUUCGCUGCGACUCACUGACACACUCAACCAGGUCAACAGAGAGAGCGCUGACCGGGAAACACAGAUGGUAUCGGUUGAGCGUGUGCAGAAUUAUGUGACCAAUGUCAAGCAGGAAAAGGCAUUGCGGGUUCGAGAUUCAGUCGGGCCAUCUUGGCCAAGUCAGGGUAACAUCCAAGUUGAGAACGUCAGGAUGCGGUAUCGCGAUGGUCUUCCCAUUGUGCUUGACGGCAUUUCCCUUGAUAUCAAAGCUGGUGAAAGAAUUGGAAUCGUUGGCCGAACAGGCUGUGGAAAGUCGUCCUUCCUCUCAACAUUCCUUCGGCUGGUCGAACUCGAGGAGGGUCGCAUUACAGUGGAUGGUGUGGACAUCAGCAAAAUCGGUUUGCACGAUCUUCGAGAGAAGGUGGCGAUGAUUCCUCAGGACCCUGCGAUUCUCACUGGCAGCGUUAGGUUCAACCUGGACCCAUUCGGAGACAAAACGGAUCAGGAGCUUUGGGAGGUAAUAGAAAAGUCUCAACUGAAGCCUCGCAUCGACAGUGCAGGUGGACUGGAUAGCAAGGUUGAGGAAGGUGGCGGCAAUUAUUCAGUUGGAGAAUUGCAGCUCCUUUGCCUCGCUCGUGCUUUGCUGCGGCGUCAGGAGUCUGGUGGUUUGUUGCUGCUUGACGAGGCGACAAGUGCUUUGGAUGCAGAGACCGACCAAACAAUUCAGAAGGUGAUCCGGUCUGACUUCAAGUGCACGAUCAUUACGAUUGCCCACCGAAUCCAGACAUUGAUGGACUAUGACAAGGUUGCAGUGUUCGAGGGUGGCAAAGUCGUAGAGUUCGAUCCGCCCCAGGAGCUGAUGAAGAAGCAGUCCAAGUUUCAAGCUCUUGCCAAAGACGGUGGUGCAAUGUAACACUGAGCCACGAGCUUGAACUUUCCGAGUUUGAUCCACUUUCGUUACCUUUUCGCUGAGCGUUGCUUGGCCAUUUGUAAACAUGUUUGAUCGGACUGUGAAUUGCAGUUCGUAUCUAAUGUUUUGACCCGACUUCCUUUCCAGACUGAAUUAUCGUAAAGAAUGCAGAGCACAUUGUGGGGGCCGAAUGGACCUAACUCACAAGUGCUUGGAUUCAAUUGAUUGGAACAGAAAAGAUAUAUAGUC